GCCCUCCUGGAGCGCCGGCCCCGGGAGCGCCGCUUCCCAGCGCGGGCGACGUUGGGCGCCGAGUGAUAAAUUUAAAAAGAAGGCAAGAUGGGAAACCCAGAAAACAUUGGAGAUGCAUAUGUUGCUGUGAUUCGUCCCAAAAAUACUGCUAGCCUGAAUUCCCGGGAAUAUCGAGCAAAAUCCUAUGAAAUACUGUUGCUCGAAGUUCCCAUUGAAGGCCAAAAGAAAAAAAGAAAGAAAGUUUUGUUGGAAGCUAAACUGCAGGGGGGCACUGAGAUAGCCCAGAGCAUCUUGGAUUAUGUUUUAGAAGCCACUAAACCAAUUUCACCUGCCAAUCAGGGUAUCAAAGGGAAGCGAGUMGUGUUGAUGAAGAAGUUUCCUCUUGAUGGAGAGAAGGCAGGCCAGGAAGCAUCUCUUUACAUUGUUCCAACUGUUGUCAAAGAUAAUACGAAAUACACGUACAGCCCUGGAUGCCCUGUGUUCUACUGUUUACAAGACAUCAUGAGGGUGUGCAGUGAAUCCAGCACCCAUUUUGCUACGCUUACUGCAAGGAUGCUGAUUGCCUUGGAUAAGUGGUUGGAUGAACGUCAUACCCAGUCUCAUUCCAUCCCAGCUUUGUUCAGACCAUCUCCUCUUGAGAGAAUUAAAACAAAUGUAAUAAACCCUGCCUAUGCUAUAGAACCUGGUCAGACAGAGAGCUCUUUACACAUGGGUUAUACUGCCCUAGAAAUAAAGAGUAGAAUGUUGGCAUUGGAGAAAGCAGAUGUGUGUAUCUACAAUCCUUUGUUUGGCUCUGACCUUCAGUAUACCAAUAGGGUUGACAAGGUGGUAAUAAAUCCCUACUUCGGCCUUGGAGCCCCAGACUAUUCGAAGAUUCAGAUUCCAAAAAGAGAAAAGUGGCAACGCAGCAUGAGCAGUGUCACCGAGGACAAAGAGCACCAGUGGGUAGAUGAUUUCCCUCUUCAUCGCAGUGCUUGUGAAGGCGAUUCUGACUUACUGGGCCAGCUCCUGGAUAAGAAGUUUUCUGUUAAUCAGCUGGAUAGUGACCAUUGGGCGCCCAUUCAUUAUGCGUGCUGGUAUGGAAAAGUUGAAGCCACUCGAAUGCUACUGGAAAAAGGGAAGUGCAAUCCAAACCUCCUGAAUGGGCAGCUUAGCUCUCCCCUUCAUUUUGCAGCUGGAGGCGGCCAUGCCGAAAUAGUGCAAAUUCUCCUGAAUCACCCAGAAAUCGACAGACACAUUACUGAUCAACAAGGAAGAUCUCCCCUGAAUGUCUGUGAAGAAAACAAGCAAAAUGAAUGGGAAGAAACUGCAAAACUGCUGAAGGAAGCCAUGAAUAAACCUUAUGAAAAGGCACGAAUUUAUCGUAUGGAUGGGUCGUACCGCUCUGUUGAGCUGAAACAUGGAAACAAUACAACGGUGCAGCAGAUAAUGGAGGGGAUGCGUUUGUCCCAGGAAACUCAGCAGUACUUCACCAUCUGGAUCUGUUCUGAGAACCUCAGCCUCCAGCUAAAGCCAUAUCACAAACCUUUGCAGCAUAUUCGAGACUGGCCUGAAAUAUUCACUGAACUGACAAACUUGGAUCCUCAGAGGGAAACUUCACAGCUUUUCUUGAGGAGAGAUGUGAGACUUCCCUUGGAAAUCGAGAAAAAGAUUGAGGAUCCAUUGGCCAUUCUUAUCCUGUUUGAUGAAGCCAGAUAUAAUUUACUGAAAGGUUUCUAUACCUCACCUGAUGCCAAGCUGAUCACACUGGCAAGUCUAUUGUUGCAGAUAGUCUAUGGAAAUUAUGAGAGCAAGAAACAUAAACAGGGCUUUCUAAAUGAAGAAAAUCUUAAAUCUAUAGUACCCAUCACUAAGCUCAAAAGUAAAGCUCCUCACUGGACAAACAGGAUACUUCAUGAAUACAAGAAUCUCAGCACCAGUGAGGGUGUAAGUAAGGAGAUGCAUCAUCUUCAGCGCAUGUUUCUGCAGAAUUGCUGGGAGAUUCCUACUUACGGAGCGGCCUUUUUCACAGGACAGAUAUUCACCAAAGCAAGUUCAAGUAGCCAUAAAGUCAUCAAAGUUUAUGUAGGAGUAAAUGUAAAAGGACUGCACCUUCUCAACAUGGAGACUAAGGCCUUACUCCUCAGUCUAAAGUAUGGUUGCUUUAUGUGGCAGUUGGGAGAUGGAGAUACAUGUUUUCAAAUCCACAGUCUGGAAAACAAAAUGAGCUUUAUUGUGCAUACCAAGCAGGCAGGUCUCGUUAUAAAACUUCUGAUGAAGUUAAAUGGGCAAUUAAUGCCAAGUGAAAGAAAUGAAUGAUGGAGAUGGACAAUAGUUAAGGAACGGCAUCUUCUGGUUGAGGAAAAGUGACUUUAUUCUUGCCAUAGCAAACAUUCCUGUAUGUGAACUCUGCAGAAUGGAAAAUUACAUGUGUACAGUUUUUUAACUUUGUACAGAAGCUGCAUGCUUUAUUUUUUUAGAAAACAGUAAUUAUUUUUAUAAAUGUAUUUGGUUUCAUAUAUUACCUAUUGUAAAGCUUGAGAUGAACUGAUAAAGCUGAAGAAAUGAAAUGAUUUACCGAUCUGGGUGAGAAAAAACAAGACUUUGAUCCCAGAAGAUUAUGGGAUUGCCAGUGCCAACAGGCAAGUCUCACUUAACCUGUUAUUAGCUUUACUUGUCAUUCUGUGGAAUAUCAAGGAGGCUGUAUGUGUUACAGUAUUUUGUAGACAAACUCUUUUUAAGAUGUUGCUGCUAAGUAUGCUUAGAAGACUGUCUACUGCUUUGAGCAAUUAUGUUUGWUACUCUGUUUUUUAUUUGGUUUCUGAUAAACCUGAUAGCUGACUUCAUUUUUACUCUUUAUCAUACUGAAAACUUUCUAUUUAUUCUAAAUGUUUCAUGAGGAUGUCAGAAGGGAAAUACUUUAAAUCAUUUAGAAACCUUAUUAAAUAUUCAGCAUGUUUGUUUUGAGAUAACAAGAUUUCUGUGUUUGCUGUGCAAUAUAUGUGAAGAAGGGAGAGGAUGUAGACUUAAACAAAUCUUACUCAGAGGACUUCAGAGAGCUUAAGAAAUCAUAUCCUGGAUAGUGAAUAAAGUUCAUAUUCAAAGUUCAAACUAAUUUUCUCUUCUUCACUUAAGUUUCUCAAGAGCCCAGGYAGUACAGGAGACAGGAAUGGAGAUUUAUAAUGUAAGGAGAUCAGACACAGUCUGUAAAGAUUCUGCCUGGCCUUUGCAGAGUCAGGGUUGAGUCUUAGCAAGUUAUUCCAAGUGUCAAGAAAUUGUAUUUCUUAACAGUUCAGAAUCGUUUUUGUUUUAAGACACCUUUAAAGUGUUUGAAAAGAUUUACAUGCUGAUUCUGAUUUUUUUUCAGACAACUUCUAAUCCGUUUCUAAAUGCAUACCUUUACCUAGUAUGCCUCAUUAAAGGGAAAACUAUGCAAUAAGAAGAUUAAAAAUGYUGUAAUGUUCCCCUCACCCCCAUCAAAGGGGCUAUCUCUGUAGGGUUUGAAGCAUGUGCUUUGUCAAGCAUAUGUAAAAAUACUAUCCAUAACACAAAUCUUUAAAACCUCUGUAUUUCAGAGUUUUAACUCUGUUUGAGUCUUCCUUCCAUGUAAACUGAGUGCCAAAAGUGUGCAACGUUUUGUAGAAAAGCAAAAAAAAAAAUUAGCAGUUAUCUGUAGAGUUUUUUCUUUUAAAAAAAAAAGUUAGACAACAGUUAGGAACUAUGCUGUUUUGUAGCAUCUUAGUAUUUGCAUUUAAACUUUUCAAAUAGUAAAUACAAUGUAAGACAUUACAGUAGUAAGCAUUUAAAAAAAAAACAAAACAGGUGACUGCAUUGGUGAUCUUAGCAAGAUGUACUUUGCUAUUUCAGCUUCACUGCCAUGUAAUUAAAAGUAUAUCUUCAUGGAUUAUUAUCUUUUAUUUGUCCUGCUGGCAGCAGUUACAUCCUUCACGGUGCAUCCUUGCUGUCACUCGGCACUGGUAUCGGAUACAUACCUCUCUGCAUAGCACUUUGUUAGAAAACUGUAGGGAAAAUGUUGGAAUGUAAGG